AUGGAUCCAUCGCUUUUACCAGAUGUAGACAACAAUCAGACCUUUGCAGAAGAGCCUUUUGAUUUGGACAGCUUUAGUAUCACCAUGGCUCUGCUGUACUUCAUCGUGUGCACUCUUGGCCUCGCUGGCAACUCUCUCGUCAUUGUUGUGAUUUUGAAAUUGGACAAGAUGUCAUCUUCCACCACAGUCUACAUUAUGAACUUGGCAUUAGCAGAUGGGCUGUUCAUGGUGGGUCUUCCCUUCAUUGCAAGCCAGAGCUUCCUAAACCACUGGAUGUUUGGUGACACAGUGUGUAAAUUUGUGAUGGUGCUGGACGGCAUCAACCAGUUCACCAGCGUCUUUUGCCUGACGAUGAUGAGCAUUGACCGUUACAUGGCUCUAGCUGAUCCGCUUCGAUUUGCCAGAUGGAGGAUGCCACACCGUGCCAAGAUCAUUUCAGCAUUCCUGUGGCUUUGCUCACUCAUAACAAUCCUUCCCAUGGCACUUCACUUCUCUGCUGAACAGGGCCUCUGUAUACCAGAUGUCAGCUCAGAUGCCUGGUGGCUUGGUGUCUUGUCUUACACCUUCAUCAUGGGGUUUGCGUUGCCAUUCGUGGUCAUGACAGCAACCUACGCUGCACUGUUGCUGACACUGAGGUCCAAGCAGCUCAGAUCAGCUGCACCACACAAAGAGAGUCCCCGGCUGGAGCAGCAGGUCACCAAAAUGGUAGUUGCAGUGGUGGUAGUGUUUGGCAUGUGCUGGCUGCCAUUCUACACCCUAAACUUCUGCUCUCUGUAUGAAAGCGGACCGGUCCUCACCUUCACCAGAGCUUUUGAGUUUGCAGUCUUACUGUCAUAUUCAUGGAGCUGUGCAAACCCCAUCCUGUACGCCUGCCUCUCUGACACCUUUAAAGGGUACUUCCGCACACUUCUUUGCCCAGCCACUAAGUUAUCGCCAAGCUUGCAUUACAGCACUGGAAGAUAUGACUUAAAUGACACAGAUGUGCUGGACGUGACAGUUUUGGCAUAA